AUGAAUAACAGCAGAAAACGGACACGUUUCCAGGACGUCCAUGUGAUGAUAUUUGUUGGUUUCGGUUUCUUGAUGACCUUCCUGAAGCGCUACAGCUUUGGGGCAGUGGGUUUUAACUUCCUAAUCGCGGCGUUCGGGCUCCAGUGGGCGCUCCUGAUGCAGGGCUGGUUCCACUCUCUGGACUACACCGACGGAAAGAUCAAAAUUGGGAUAGAGAGCUUGAUCAACGCAGACUUUUGUGUGGCUGGCUGUCUGAUCGCCUACGGGGCCGUGCUGGGUAAAGUCAGUCCAGUCCAGCUCAUGGUUCUCACCUUGUUUGGAAUCACUCUGUUUGCAGUCGAAGAAUACAUCAUCCUCACUCUCAUCCAUGCCAGAGAUGCCGGAGGCUCCAUGGUCAUCCACACUUUUGGAGCUUAUUAUGGACUCGCCAUCUCGUGGAUGCUCUACCGACCGAACUUGGACCAGAGCUGUCGACUGCAUGGCUCCGUCUACCACUCUGACGUCUUCGCCAUGAUUGGUACUUUGUUCUUGUGGAUGUUCUGGCCCAGCUUUAACUCGGCCAUCACAGACCACGGAGACGGCCAGCACAGAGCCGUCAUCAACACGUACUUAGCUUUAGCCUCCACAGUUCUCACCACGAUGGCCAUCUCCAGCCUCUUCCAGAGGCACGGCAAACUAGACAUGGUUCACAUCCAGAACUCGACUCUUGCUGGAGGCGUGGCAGUGGGAACGGCUGCUGAGUUCAUGCUGAUGCCCUACGGCUCCCUGAUUGUGGGCUUCUGCUGCGGGAUCAUCUCCACGCUGGGAUACAUCUACCUCACUCCGUUCAUGGAAAAGUACCUGAAAAUUCAAGACACGUGUGGAAUCCAUAACCUCCACGCCAUGCCUGGACUCAUCGGUGGAAUAGUGGGCGCCAUCACAGCCGCGGCGGCCACUGAGUCCGUCUACGGCCACGAAGGACUCGUCAACACCUUUGACUUUGAGGGUGCGUUCAAAGACAUGGUGCCGACUCAACAGGGAGGGCACCAGGCCGCGGGCAUCUGUGUGGCUCUGUGCUUCGGUGUCGGAGGAGGAAUCCUGGUUGGGUGUAUCCUGCGUUUACCCAUCUGGGCGGAUCCUGCUGACGACAACUGCUUCGACGAUGAGUCUUACUGGGAGUUGCCAGAAGAUGAAGAAAGCACUCCCCCCAUCUUGCAGUACAACAACCACAUGCGAAACAAGGAUAUAGUUGAGUCAAAUUUUAGCAUGGAGCAGAACUGA